AUGUCUGUCCAUGCCCUCUCAUUCUCUGCCCAGCAUAGCUUCUCUAAACAAUCCUCUAAUACCCUAACACUCCUCCCUGAUUUGGGCGUAAAGGGAGACUGCCACUGCGGCGAAACGGUACAACAUCGCUCAAGACUGAAAAUCAGGCCACCGCCAAAGAACCUCCGGCAGGUACAUCUGCUCGACUUGGAAAUUCUCGAUGAGCUCAACGUGAAGCCGGGGGAUCUAGGUGAGAACAUCACGACCACGGGACUUAAGUUGUUGGAGCUGGGGACAGAAACGAGGUUGCACUUUAUGUCUUCGGCCGCGAUGGCCAACGGUACGACCGGAGGCGACCUCGAAGACAGCGGACUUGGAUCUGGAAGUGUUCUGAGUGUUGCAACUCGGGAAAGAUCGGAGGCCGCUGAUCAUCCCGUGCUGGUGGUGACAGGGCUGCGGAACCCGUGUCCGCAGAUCAACCACUUCCGUUCAGGGUUACAAGAGCGGUUCAUCGAGAGGGAUGAGCAGCGUACAAUCGUCGCUCGAAAGGCGGGUAUCAUGAGCACUGUUGAAGUUGGGGGAAUGAUAGAAGUGGGCAUGCGGAUCGUGGUCGAACAGCCGGCGGUGUGGAAGGCUUUGGAGUGUGUAUGA